AAUAACCAAACACUUCAUGUUAUGUACUUUUAUAGUGAUGAGUUAUCAUUUCUAUGGGUCAGAAACCAUUUCAAGCUCUCAUUAAACAAAUAUCUCAUCUCUCUCUCUCUCUCUCUUGAAUUCUUUUUUUUUUCUUUUUAUUUGAGGAAAACCCACAAAACCUAAUUAUCAUUCAUCAUGGAUAUCAAUAACCACACUUCAAAUCAAGAAUUGUCCAUGGAAGAUCAAAUCUUCCAUGACCAAAUCCCUGUCAACUCAUAUUAUCCUAUUUAUACUUACCAAACACAUCAAAAACCAUUCUCUUCUAGUUCAAUACCCAUCUCAACCUUUUUUGGUGACCAUAAAAAUCAUUUACAGGAUUAUCAGGAGGAGACAGAAGAAAAAGAAGAAGAAGAAGAAGAAGAAGGAGAAGAAGAAGAAUUAGGAGCUAUGAAAGAAAUGAUGUACAAAAUCGCAGCGAUGCAGCCUGUAGACAUAGAUCCAUCAACAAUUCGAAAACCUAAAAGGCGAAAUGUAAGAAUAAGCGAUGAUCCUCAGAGCGUUGCAGCACGCCAUAGGAGAGAAAGAAUAAGUGAGAAGAUGAGAAUUCUUCAAAGACUUGUUCCUGGUGGAACAAAAAUGGAUACUGCUUCUAUGUUAGAUGAAGCUAUUCGUUAUGUCAAGUUCUUGAAGAAGCAGGUUCGUUUACUUCAAUCGUCUAAUAAUCAACACAUACCACCAUGGCAACCUCCUCCUCUUGCUUCCACCGCUACCUCCUCCUCCCUAGAGUCUCCGGCCGGCCUUGGUUUCACAUUUAGUGGUGCUAAUAGGGGUGACCCUGCUGCUUUCUGCUUUAAUCAUGAGGUAAUAAGUGAUUAGGGAUAAAAAAACCUAGUUUCUGAUUCACCAUUAGCUUGGUAUUGUUAUUGCUAAUGUCAGUUUUAAAAUUAAGAUUAUCUGUAAUACACAAAAUAAAACGUAAAGUAUUUUUAGUGCUAAAAAUGCAUUUGAUUACAUACAUUCUAUUA